CCGAUUACACGCGUAAUUUCGACCGCGUCCCGUCAAGAUUUCGCCCCCGUGACGCGGAUGGUGCCCAUUACUUCGCGCCGCCUCCCGGAACUCCCAUUCUAUUGUCUCGCCGACGUUUUCCCGCUGCUUCUUUCCGCGGUUGAAGUGUGAACCGCGACGUAAUCGCGAAAGGGGGGUCCUGCUUCGUGUUAAGUGCCACGUGAUUGUUCAGUGACGGGGCAGAAGUGCGCGAUAAUGGAAUCAUUACAAUUACAAAUUACCGUUGACACGUGUUAACUAGUCCUCAAAAAUGUCGGGUUCACCGAAAUCUGCUCGCCACCUUUACCGAAACGUGUUUAUUGAGUUAGUUCUCGAGGAAACGCUCGGAUAGCUUCGAUUCGUAUUAUUGCGUUACGAGCACCAGGAAAAUUGCUGUACCGAAUGUUUUCCUUGUUCGAUCGGCAAUCGACUGAUCUUCCCUCGAUCGGACCGAUCAAGAUGAAUCGGCGUUGAUUUCCAUCGGAAUCACGGUUCGUUGGGAGAAGAGACGCUGAUUUAUGUUUGAUUCGCGUGGAUAACGAAGCAAGGGUCGCGUUAAAAUCUGAUCGACGAUGCGCGCGAUUUGGCUGUUGCUGUUUCUCUUCCGCUUAUCCAGCGCGUUCACCGGAAGGGGACUUUAUUAUCCGGGGCGAUCGGAUUUGUUCGAGCUGUCAGUGAUACACUUAAACGAUUUCCAUGCCAGAUUCGAGCAGACGGGCCCGCACUCAGGCGCGUGCCACGAGGAGGAAGAGAAAGAAUGCAUCGGCGGGAUCGCACGUGUUUCGACUGCGGUGAAUCAAUUAAUCAAGGAAAGGCCAAAUCCGAUUUUCCUGAACGCCGGUGACCAUUUCCAAGGAACGUUAUGGUACAACGUUCAUCGUUGGAACGUGACGGCGGUGUUCAUGAACAUGUUGCCGCACGACGUGAUGACGAUAGGGAACCACGAGUUCGAUAACGGUGUCCAGGGCGUAGUGCCAUUCCUGCAGAACGUCAAGGCACCAGUGGUGGUCACUAAUAUAGACGCCAGCGAGGAACCGUCGAUGGAGGGCCUCUACAAGAACAGCACGAUCAUUGAGAGGAACGGUAGGAAGAUCGGGGUCAUCGGCGUCAUUUUAUCGACAACGAACACAAUUGCCGUUACCGGGAGAUUGAAGUUCCUGGACGAGGUGGAAACGGUGAACGCCGAGGCGAGUCGAUUGAAGUCCCAGGGGGUGGACAUUAUCAUUGUUUUAAGUCACUGCGGUCUGGACGUGGACAGGAUAAUGGCCGCCAAGUGUCCAUUAAUCGACGUGAUCGUCGGCGGACACUCGCACACGUUCCUUUAUACAGGUCCGCCGCCUUUCAUCGACAACCCCGAAGAUGAGUAUCCCGUGGCGGUGACCCAGAAGAACACGAACAGAACGGUCCUGAUCGUGCAGGCGGCCGCGUACACCAAGUAUUUGGGAAACUUGACGGUGUGGUUCGACGAGCUGGGCGAGGUGGUUGAUUGGGACGGGAAUCCGAUUCUUCUUGAUUACACUAUCGAGGAAGAUCCCGCGAUGCUGAUGGCUCUGAAGCCCUGGAAAGUGGCCGUGGACGAGAAAGCACGGUCCAAGGUCGGCCGAUCGAAGGUUUAUCUGAACAAUAAUUGUCGCAGGACCGAGUGCAACCUUGGCAAUUUAAUCACGGAUGCGAUGGUGGACUCUUACGUGGAGAAGGCGGAGAACAAGACUUUCUGGACGUACGCGGCCGUCGCGUGCAUGAAUCCCGGCGGGAUACGCGCUCCUAUCGAGAGCAUGGGCGCUGACAUCACUUUCAGCGACUUGAUGAUGGCUCAGCCCUUUGAGAACACGUGGGACACCCUCGAGCUGAACGGGACUUGCAUCAUGAAGAUAUUAAAACUGAAUGGAAUAUUGGUGUGGUCUGGUUUAAAAGUAACUUACGACAUGUCCGGUGAUACGAGGAAUGUAUUGGAAGUUUUAAUAAGAUGUAGAGCUUGCGAAGUACCAUCGUUCGAGAAAUUGGUAGAUGACGAGUGGUACAGGAUCGUGGUUCCAUCAUUUUUAGUUGGUGCUGGCGACGGGUUCACUCCUUUCAUCACGUGCGCCAGGAACCAUAAAGUCGGGGAAGUCGAUUCCGAACCGUUAACUAGGUACAUUAAGAAGAUUAGUCCGAUUACAAUUGGACUGGAUCGUAGAGCAAUUUUUCUGAACGCCAACAAACCGUAACCAAUCGAGUCUUUGGAAAUUAAAGAAGACUGAAGUGAUUAUUCCGUAAAUUAAUAUAACUUCUAAAUAUCUGCACACUCUAAUUGCAUUUUUACUUAAUAAUCUUACAUAAUACAUGUAUCUAAAAGAUCGCCAUAAUAAAAGA